GGAUAUAGUAGGUAAAACAGCACACAAAAGAAUCAGAAAUGGAGGCGAUGAAGGUGCUUAGCGCAUCCUCACAGCCUCUGAAGCACCUCUUCCAUUUCGCUUCUUCAAGCCCUAUCAGACGAACCACUUCUAGGGUUUUCAUAGUUAGAUGUUGCUCUUCUUCUUCCUCCUCUCCGCCCUCCCCCUCUUCCGCUACCGCCACCACCGGCGGCGGCAACAGACUCCCCGGCCGGAACCGCAGAUCCUCUUCCACUACAGCGACGCAGUCUUCCACCUCUGACAGAGACGCCGUUCGCGCCAUCCGUCUCAAGAAAGUGGAAGAAUUGAGGAGCAAGGGUUUUGAGCCCUAUGCAUAUAAGUGGGAUAGGACUCAUACUGCUAAUCAGCUGCAAGAUAUAUAUAGGCAUCUGGGCAACGGUGAAGAGUCCAACAACGAGAGUGAUCAUGUAUCAGUAGCAGGAAGAAUUGUGGCUCGUAGAGCUUUUGGAAAGCUUGCUUUUUUGACUUUGAGGGAUGAUUCAGGGACAAUUCAGCUUUACUGUGAGAAGGAAAGGCUUAUAAAUGAUCAAUUUGAGAAGUUAAAGACACUUGUUGAUAUAGGUGAUAUACUGGGUGCAAGUGGCUCGGUGAAGCGGACAGAGAAGGGGGAGCUUUCUGUUAACUUGAAUUCAUUUGCAAUUCUUACAAAAUCUCUACUCCCACUUCCGGAUAAAUAUCAUGGUCUAACUGACGUGGAUAAGCGCUAUCGCCAACGGUAUAUAGAUAUGAUUGCAAAUCCUGAGGUGGCUGAUAUAUUCCGGAAAAGAGCAAAGAUCGUAUCGAAGAUUCGCAACACAGUGGAAUCUUUUGGCUUUAUUGAGGUUGAAACACCAGUCCUACAGGGAGCAGCUGGUGGAGCAGAAGCUAGACCUUUUGUUACUUACCAUAAUUCACUUGGAAGGGAUCUUUAUUUGAGAAUUGCAACUGAACUCCAUUUGAAGAGAAUGCUGGUUGGGGGAUUUGAAAAAGUAUAUGAGAUGGGCCGAAUAUUCAGAAAUGAAGGCAUUUCAACGCGCCAUAAUCCUGAAUUUACCACUAUAGAGAUGUAUGAAGCAUAUUCAGACUACGAAAGCAUGAUCAACAUGGCGGAGGAAAUUGUGACUCAAUGUGCUCUUGCAGUUCAAGGGAAGCUUACAAUUGAUUAUCGGGGAGAGGAGAUAUGUCUAGCACGGCCUUGGAGGAGGGAAACCAUGCACAAUCUUGUAAAAGAAGACACUGGGAUUGAUUUUGUUGAGUUGGGCAAUGAUCUUAAUGCUGCUAAAGAAGUUGCUGUUAGAGCGCUUGGUACUAGCCUUGAUAAUAAAGAUAAAUCUUCUAUUGAAGCAUGCCCCUCUGUUGGCCAUGUGCUUAAUGAGAUUUUUGAGAUAGUGGUAGAACCCAAGCUGCUGCAACCCACAUUUGUCAUGGACUAUCCUGUUGAGAUAUCUCCUCUGGCAAAACCACAUCGAAGGCUUGCUGGCUUGACUGAGAGAUUUGAAUUAUUCAUAUGCGGUCGUGAACUAGCCAAUGCAUUCUCUGAAUUGACUGACCCUGUGGAUCAGAGAGGACGCUUGGAAGAACAAGUGAGACAGCAUAAUGAGAGGAGAGCCAAAGCAGUUUCAAGUACGGACUCUGCAGAAGAGGAAGGAAAGAGAGGUGAUGAUGUUUUGUAUGAAGUGUCUCUUGAUGAUGAUUUCAUAACAGCUUUGGAAUAUGGAAUGCCUCCCGCUUCAGGAAUGGGUAUUGGAAUCGACAGGCUAGUAAUGCUUCUCACAAAUUCUGCCAGUAUUCGUGAUGUUAUUGCUUUCCCGGUGCUCAAACUUCAGCAGUAGGUGUACAACAAAUGUAUAUUGGAUCGUAUUGAAGUAAAGAGAGUUUUAGUGCCACAAUUAUGCGUCCAAUUUUUUCGAAGAGGAUUUUACUGCCGGCAGGAGUCGUUGCAUUUUUUUUUUUUUAAGGUGGCUGUUUCCACCAAUGUCUUGUUUGAUACAAAGAUGCAACCAGAAGAUGGCCAAGUUUGACCACUGCUGCAUUUUUACAUUUUUAAGAUCAUAUUUAGAAGUGCAAAUUUUUGUCCAUUUGUUUACAUAUAUUUUUAUUUAUGAAAGGCACUUUUGUUAAGAGAUCAUUAUUGUAAAAUGUACUAUGUUGAGGAAAACACGCACACAUAAUAUUUAUUUAUUUGCUUGGAGAU